AUGAUGAAGCUGAGCUGGUGGACAGGAUCCUGGAUGAGGCUGGGGUGGAGGGAACCGGAAGUGAACAGGACUACCCCAGGAGGCAAGCUGUGCCGCUGCCCUGAUGAUUGCCAUUUCCGACCAUCAGCCAAUGAGAAGCAUCUGGUUGACGAUGUCCGGCAGGCUCUGUACACCUCCAAGAUCUGUAGCUAUGCCCAAGGGAUGAACUUCCCCCAGACCAAGAGUGAGGAGAUGGGGUGGAACCUCAAUCUCAGGGAGCUAAUGAGGAUUUGGAAUGGGGAUUUCAUCAUUGGGGUUAGGCUUUUGGACAGGAUCAAGAAGGCAUAUAAGGGGAAUCAGGGGUUGGCAAACCUUGUGGGUCGUGGGUUUGCUUUGAGGCAAACACCUAUAAACACACUGACCAUCAGCAGUUAUUCCAUGCUGAGCACUCCAGCAUUGCCCAGCAGAGGAACUCUGGUGCAGGUGCUCUGA